UUCUCAGCGUGGAGGAAAGGGCUGGCUGAGUUCCGUGAGCGACUAGCAGCCCUGGAGGAAGCUGAGGCUGUGGAUCGGCUGAAGGCACAGGAGGACGAUGAGGACGAAGAGGAGGCGCUGCCCCACUCCGAGGCUGUGGACGUGUUCCAGGAGGGUCUCGCCAUGGUAGUGCAGGACCCACUGCUCUGCGAUCUUCCGAUCCAGGUUACUUUGGAAGAGGUCAAUUCCCAGAUAGCACUGGAAUAUGGCCAAGCAAUGACGGUCCAAGUGUGCAAGAUGGAUGGAGAAGUAAUGCCUGUGGUCGUAGUACAGAACGCCACGGUCCUGGACCUGAAGAAGGCCAUCCAGAGAUAUGUGCAGCUCAAGCAAGAGCGUGAAGGGGGCAUCCAGCACAUCAGCUGGUCUUACGUGUGGAGGACAUACUAUCUGACCUCUGCAGGAGAGAAGCUCACAGAGGACAGGAAGAAGCUCCGAGAUUAUGGCAUCCGGAAUCGGGAUGAGGUUUCCUUCAUCAAAAAGCUGAGGCAAAAGUGAACCUCAGACAAAGACAACUGUCUUUACUGAUGGUCAGGCCUUUCCCAGCAGGAUAGAAGCCUCCCAUCUUUAUCCUCACAGAAAGGGGUGAGGGGUAUACACCCCUGGUAUACUCAGAACUGUCAGCAUGGACUCUGGUUCACUCAUGACUAGGACAGAGCCCUUCUUUUCCUGUGAACUUGGCCUGGGCCUGCCCUCCCCCUGGUCCUGAGACUUUGACCAAGUGACAGGUCCCACAUGGCUGUGAGCUUGGCCCUACGUGCAGAAUAAAACUGUUGCUUCAUAUUUGGAAAAGCCAAAAAGGCACAGUAGCUUCUG